GCACAGGCUGCAGAAAGACACGCUAUCUCUUUCCACUAAAUAGGGAGGCAUAAACUACAAGUGCAUUUUUCAUACUUCAAGGUAAGUUUCCAAAAGACUCUGAGGGAAAAUCCUUGCUCCUGAAUCUGUUGUUACCGGGCCAGUAAAAAGUGAUUCAGAGUGCAUGUAACAGGCUGCAGCCAACGACUCAUUUUUUCCGACGGCCUCAGGCUCCUCAGAGAAACGUCGCUGCACACAGACACACAAACACCGCUCAGUCCCUGUGCUUUCUUCGCAAGACAGUUUGGAGAUGCUCCAGGAGUCAGUGACACGGGCCUGGCUCUGUCUUUCCUGCUGUCUCCUGUUGGGAGCUUGUUCCCCAGCAGAGGAUGCAGGACCCGAUUUCUCCGAAGAGGAUGCAUCAGGUGAACCAGACCAAGAGGCCUGGGAGUGGGGCUCUGGUUCAUCUUUUCUGCACCUGCUCCACAGCUUUCCUGCUGACAGCCCCUUUGUAACAGAGUCCCCAGGAAACCCGGUCAACUGCACCCAGCGGUUCUGGCUACCGCCAUCCCCUCCAAUCUGCUGGGAAAACAUAGCUGGGCCCAAGGAGUUUGCCAAGUCCCGACUGCUCGUCCUGCAGAACAGGGCUGCCUUACAGGCUGUGUCCACUUCCAGCGGGGUGGAGGAGGGAGGGAUGUCCUACGAGCAGCAGGCCAGAGAGGAGGUCCAGGGGAUCCUCUCAGACCACCAGAGCAUGGUAGAAACUAUAACGACCAUGGAGACGGUGUUUGUCUCUCUGGCUGAGAAGAGAAAAGAGGGGAAGGAGCAAGGGGUCUACACAAGCAUGAAGGAGCAUCUUGCCAACGCGAGGGACGCCAUAGACGUCAGAGAGCACGUGGCAAACCACCUGGAGAAGCAGUUUUCCACUUUAGAGCAAACUCUGCUCAACAUGCAGCUUCGACUCAGCAAACUCAUCCACCAGUGACAGAGGUGGCGAAACCGACGUCUUGUUUUAACUGUAUUUAUAAAUGAAUGUCUUAAGCAACACCGUAGCCAGCGCAUGCAUGCUCAGGAUUAUUGUACCACGAGAACAAAACACACUUGAUAUGCACCUUAUUAUUUUAACACGACACCUAUCAAAAUAAAACGUGUAACCUGGA